AUGACGGCCUUCGUGACGUGGGGUUACAACUUUGCUCCCAGUGUCCCGUCGCCAGCCGCCGAGGCGAAGAAAUCAGAGCCCGAGGCGACACCGGCGAAGCGAGUGCCUUUCAGAUUCCACAUACCAGGAUGGAUAUAUCGUACAGUCAAGUACAUCCUCGUCUUCGGCGUUGUAGGCCUCUGUAUCACUGGGAUCGUUUUUGUGACCGACUUUUUCGAGGUGAUAAAGGGUCACGAGGGUUUCAUACCUCGCCCGGAUCAUCUGAUCCACGACCUUCUAGUCUACGACUCUGGUAACAACGACCACCAUGGCGUCUUCGAGCCGGAAGAAUGGUGUGGGAAGCACCCGGGGGACUGUCGUUGGGCCGAAUCGCAGACUGGAGAUGGAGGCAUGAAUCCGAAAGCCUCUUCAGAUGCAAGCAGUGUCCUCGCGCCUGGUAUUUAUGCUCUCGGCAUCAAGCGAGUUAUUCUGGUCCUUGUUGGAGCGUGUCUGGCUUUAGGGUGGCUCGCGACCUAA